AUGGAGUUGACAAUUUUAACUGAAAGGGGAAAAGAUAAGUUUUCGGCAAAUGGAUAUCUUUACGUAUUUGACGGUGUAUGCAAAAGUGACGAAAACGUUAAAUUUUGGAGAUGUGAACGAAGAGGUCGGUGUAAAGCAAGAAUUCACACGAAAAAUAAUUCAAUUAUUAAAGAGGUCAAUGUGCACACACACGACUUUUCAGCAGUCUCCGAAGAAGUAGCUGAAUUAGUUACAAAAAUAAAGAAACGUGUUGAAGAAAUCACAGAGAGUACAGUUCAGGUUAUCAACGAAUGUGUCAGUAAUGUUUUACAAGCUUGCCAGGCCAAAUUACCAAACAACUGUGCUUUAUGA